AUGGAUGAGGCUCUGCUCGCGAAACCCGUCGUCGCAUCCGCGCCGACCGCAUCCCAGGAGGCUGCCCCCAGAACGAGUCUUCACCUCGGUGUCGCGAUACCGGGCAAUUUCGCGAAAUCGAAGCAGCGCACAAUCACCAUGUCCACCAACGUCCUCGCGCGCGGCACCCGGUCAUCGUACAUGCAGAAGACUGUAUCAAUUGAGCAAUCAUAA